AAAAUAUAUUUUUUUAAUACAUGAUAAAAACAAAAAGUUCAAAAUAUAUAAAUAUUAAAAAAGUAAGAAAUGAAAUUUACUUGGUUAAUAAUUUCUAUAUGUUUCAAACUCAUUAGCUCUCAAUUCAACCUUCAAUUAUCAGACGAUAAAGAUCGAUUUGAAAGGGGUAAAAGUACUUUUGAAAAAUUUACAAACGAUAAAAAGAAAUUUAAAGAGGUUACUUGUUGGGAAGAAGCACUUUUAAAACUUUCAUCAAGUUGCCGAGAUAUGAAUGAUAUUGAACAGAGCUAUCUUGCUCUGCAAUUUUCUAACUGUCAUCUAAAAAAAUCGGGAUUAAAGAUUUAUCCGUGUCAUAUUUCAAAUUUCAAAGAAUGUACUCGUGAAAUGGGAUCCGAUAUUGUUGCUUUUCAAUCAUAUACAGAAUUCUUUACUCAUGUUUCUGAUAUAUGUUUUUAUAUGCAGAGUGCUUUGUGGAGAGAAAAUACUGAAUCGACAAUAAACAAGCUUUCAAAGUCUUCAAUUGAAUCUUUAGAAGUGUUGUCUCAAUCAGUCCUACAGCAACAACAGGUUUUGAUAUCUCAAAAAGAAAGCCUUCAAAAUCAAAAAGAAAUUUUGCAAAAUGAAUUAAUCCUAAAAGAAGUUCUUGUUAAAUCAGCACAAUCUGCUAAGGACGUUUUUGAAGAAGUUCGAGAGCAAGCACAACAGCAAAAAACAAUGUUCUCAGAAACAUUUGACUCUAUAUUUCAAAGUGUUGAGAGACUUACUAAUCUUCAAACAAUCCUUCUUGGAGAAUUUAUUAGUCUUCAAUCUGUUGCCUUUUAUUUAGUCGCAACAGUAGUUUGUUAUUUAUUUACUAGCACCCCUAGGACAUAUUCAGGUCGAUUACCUUUAUUUGUGUUUCUUUCUUUGCUCAUAAUAUGUGAAAGACUAUAUGUAAAAUGGGCAAUCAGUGAAAUUUCAAAGCAAGACAAUAGUGAAAAUAUUCACAAAUGGAUCUGGUUUUUCAGAAAAAUAUUUUUUGUUUUGGGUACAAUUGUUCUUGGAAUUACAGCUGCUCGUUAUAAAGAUUUUGAUAGAAUUAACUACAAUAUUUUACGUGAAUUACAGCAUCAGGUACUAGCUCUUCAUGAAGAACGCAAAAAGUCUGAAAAUAAAAAAGUUUUAACAGAUAGUAUAGCCUUUGAUGAAAAAGUUAACUUGGCUGAAAAAUGCUUGGAAGAAACUUUGCAAGCUUUUCUGACUAGCACUCCUCAUAAAGAAAACCUGGAGUUCAAGAUUUCUAAUUGUAAAGGUCUAACUGAAAUAAAAAAUACAACUCUAUCUCAAAGUUCUCAAAUUUCACAUUCUAGAAGAUCUUGUGUAAAUGAUACUUUAGAUAAAUCAUUAAAUGCCUCUAAAUACAACUUACGAUCUCGAAAACGCAGUGAUUUAAAUCAAUUUGAUAAUUCUCUAAAUACAACUGUGAAAAAAGCGCUUAAAAAAACUAUGCCUAAAAAAAACAAGCCUGCUUUUUUCAGUUCAGAUGAGGAAUCAUAAAUAUAUUAUGGGAAUUGUAAACAUUGAUUUUUUUAUUUGUUUUCUCAAAUUUUAUUCAAUUUUUUUCAAGAUUUAUGUUUCAA